AUGGAUGACCCCAAUGCGGAUACGCAGUGGAAUGAUAUCCUGCGCGAGAAGGGCAUCUUGCCACCCAAGGAGCCAGAAAUCACCGAGGAUGAUCUGAUUGCCAUGGCCGAGGAGGCGGCUGCCAAGGUCCCGACCGCCAAAGAUGGGCGUGCAAUGGAGUCUUUGAAUUUGGAAGAGCUUGAUGAGCUCGAAGAUGACGAGGAUGAUGCUUUUUUGGAAGAGUAUCGUCGCAAGCGCAUGGCUGAGCUGCACGCCAAUGCUCACAGUCACUUUGGCAGUCUGAUCAACAUCUCUGGUAAACUUUUGUCUCGCUGCACCCUGGACAAGUCUCAGGAAUAUACCAAGGAGGUGAAUCAAGCCGGCAAGGGUGUUUGGGUGAUUGUGUAUCUGUACAAACCCGACCUGCUGGUGUGUCGUCGGCUUCAACAAAUUCUGGGCCAGCUGGCAGAAAAGUUUCCGACCGUCAAGUUUGUCCAGUCCAUCAGCACAAACUGCAUCCCCAACUAUCCGGACCGCAACCUGCCCUCCAUCUUUGUAUACCUUGAGGAUGACAUGAAAAAGCAGUUUGUUGGCCCGUCCAUCUUUGGUGGCGAAAGCAUGACCCUGGAAAAUGUUGAAUGGUCGUUGGCUCAAAUUGGGGCACUCAAGAGCGACAUUGAAGAGGAUCCGCGUGCUAGCAGCGUCCAGCAGACGAUUCGGACGACGACAGCGAUUAACCCGACCAGUGUUGUUUGCCUGCACAAGAGGGAAAAAUUGGCCCCGACCCGACACCCGUAUGCCCCCAAUCGAUCUGAGAUUCUGUGCCAUCAGAA